UGUUGUUUAGAAGACUAGGAUCGAUCAAUAUGAGAAGAUUCAAUGGUUUCACUGUAUGUAGAAAAAUUGGUUCAGCCGUCAAGUCUUUGGCGAAAGUCCCUGCGAACUUCCAAAAUUUUUCUGUUUUAUUAUUAUUAUUAUAAGAAGAUUGCCAGCACUGCUUGCAGUGUUUCAUGACCAAACCCAUUUUCUUUCUAUAUUUCUGAUAAUCAUCAUGCUUUUCGUGGGAUUCAGUGAAAAUACUUGCUUGUUACUUGCUUUUCUCAUCUAUUCGUUCACUUUUACUCUUAUGGUUAGUGGCUUGGAUACCGUCGCACCAUCUGUGUUGAUCCAAGAACCUGAAACGGUGAGCUCAAAUAAUGGCAUGUUCACUCUGGGAUUUUUCAGACCUCAGAAUUCCACAAGAUGCUAUUUAGGAAUUUGGUUUAUGUCUGAAUCCUUUGUUGUUUGGGUGGCUAACGAAAACGAUCCACUAACAGAUUCUUCUGGGAUUCUGACAAUAUCAGGGAAUGGCAAUCUUGUUGUUUUGAAUGGGCAAAAACAGGUUGUUUGGUCAACAAAUGUCUCAACGGCAUCAAAUUCUAGUGCUCAACUCUUAGAUUCUGGCAAUCUUGUCCUCAUUGAUAGAACUACUGGGGCAUUCCUGUGGCAGAGUUUCCAGCAUCCUAGCAAUACAUUAUUAGAAGGCAUGAAACUCAGCACCAAUAAAAAAACAGGCAAGAAAAUGCUACUGACAUCAUGGAAAAGCACAUCUGAUCCAUCCUAUGGAGGAUUUUCUCUCAGUCUUGAACCACAUAAUGUCACUGAAAUGUUCGUGUGGAAAGAAAAUCAUCCUUACUGGCGGUCUGGUCCUUGGGAUGGCACAGCCUUCCUUGGAAUACCUUGGAUGACUCAAUCUAUCUUCCAGAAUGGUGUUCAGAUUAAAGAAGAGGAAGGGAUUUAUAACAUAUCUUAUGAUCAAACAAACAAGGCUAUCUUGGUGACUAUAAUAUUAGAUUCUCAAGGUAUAGUGAAACCAAUGAUUUGGAAUUCCAAGGCAAAUAUUUGGGAACCUCAAAGGAAAGGCUUUCAUUCUGAGUGUGAUGUUUAUGGCAUAUGCGGCCCAUCCGGGAUCUGCAGUAAGCGGGGCUCACCACCAAUCUGCAGCUGCUUGAAAGGGUUUGAACCAAAGAACAAAGAAGAAUGGGCAAGACGGAACUGGACCAGUGGGUGUAUGAGAAGAGAAGCACUUCAGUGUGAGAGAGACAAAUAUGGUUCUCAAGCUAGCAAACCAGAUGGGUAUUUUAAGCUGGAAAAGAUAAAGCCACCAGAUCAUGCAGAACUGCUACUUUCUAUCUCAGGGGAUAUUAUAGAUUGUCAAAUUAUGUGCCUAAAGAAUUGCUCUUGCAUAGCUUAUGCCUAUGAAAGAAGAAUUGGUUGUAUGGUUUGGAAUGAAGAUUUACUUGACCUACAAAUCUUCCCAUUCAGAGGGGUUGAUUUGUGCAUACGUUUGGCCCACUCAGAGCUAGGUAUAGACAGGAGGAAAAUGACAGCAGCUAUUCUAAUAUCAGUUUUGAUAGGAAUAGUUCUCAUUACUGCCUUUGGAUAUUUCUUAUGGAAAAAAGUGUCAAAGCAAAAAGGUGAUUCUUUUUUUCAUUGGGAAAUGCAUUUGCAAAUUCACAACAGCAAGAGGAUGAGGAACCUGAAACAAGUCAAAAUUCAAGACCUAUCAUUGUUCGAUUUUAGAAAGUUGGCAACUGCAACAAAUAACUUUGACAUAGCAAAUAAACUUGGACAGGGUGGUUUUGGUCCAGUUUACAAGGGAAAGUUUGAAGAUGGACAAGAAAUUGCAAUAAAAAGAUUAUCUAGGUCAUCUGGACAGGGUGUGGAAGAAUUUAUCAAUGAAGUGGAGUUGAUUUCUAAGCUUGAACACCAAAACCUAGUCACACUUCUUGGCUGUUGCAUUGAAGGGGAAGAAGUGAUAUUGGUUUAUGAAUUCAUGCCAAACAAAAGUUUGGAUGAACAUAUCUUCGAUCCACUACAACAAAAAUCUUUAGAUUGGGGGAAGCGCUGCAACAUAAUAGAAGGAAUAGCUAGAGGAUUGCUCUAUCUUCACAGAGAUUCAAGAUUAAGAAUCAUACAUAGGGAUUUGAAGGCAAGUAACAUCUUAUUAGAUGAAAAACUGAAUCCAAAGAUAUCAGAUUUUGGACUAGCUAAACUUUUUGGAGGAGAUGAGGAUCAAGCAAACACUAAAAGAAUUGUUGGAACAUAUGGCUACAUUUCUCCAGAAUAUGCAACAGAAGGGCUCUAUUCAGAGAAAUCUGAUGUCUUUAGCUUUGGCAUUUUGUUACUAGAGGUUAUUACUGGAAGAAAAAACACUAGCUUUUAUGAAGAUGCAGAGUCUCUCACACUUUUAGGAUUCGCAUGGAAAUUAUGGCUUGAUGGCAAUGUUAUACGUUUAAUAGAUCCAAAAAUAUAUGAUGCAAGCUUUGAGAAGGAUUUGUUGAGAUGCAUACAUAUAGGUCUUCUCUGUGUGCAAGAACUUGCAAAAGAUAGGCCCACUAUGGCCUCUGUGAUGUCAAUGCUCCAAAGUGAUAUUGUGGAUAUUUCUCCUCCAAGCCAACCUGCAUUCAUCCUCAGGCAAACCAUGUCUUGUACUGCAGAGCAAACUCCAAAUAAUGAUGCCUUAUGUUCCAUCAAUAAUGUAACCAUCUCAAAGUUUGAGGGGAGAUAGAUAGGAAUUUUUAUGUUUCCGAUUCAUUUGAAAGAUCUAAAAUAUAUUUGGCAUAUAUUUUGCAGAUAUUCCACUGGGUAGGUAUAAGCCUUGUUUCUAGUUAAAAAAAUUCCUGCCUUGCAAUCCUAAAUAUUUAAUAUGUUCACUCCAUUUAAUGCAUAUUUAUGUGCCAUGUUCUACCACCUGCUCGUCUUGACAAGAACUGUGCCAAGUUCUAUCCCCUGCUCAUCUUGACAAGAGCGUAAAACAUAUUGGAAGAAAUAAGAGAAGAAAGAAACAACACAACUUCAAUUGUGCUGAUAUAAGCUCGGAAGAGGUGGUUCUGUGGUUUUGUACACAAGG